AUGGGCAUCAAGGGCUUGACGGCGCUGAUCAACGAGCAUGCGCCCAAGGCGAUCACAGAACAUGACAUCAAGACACUCUUCGGCCGCAAGGUCGCCAUAGACGCGUCGAUGUCGAUAUACCAGUUCCUCAUCGCUGUUCGUCAAAAGGACGGCGAGAUGCUUACGAACGACUCUGGAGAAACGACGAGUCAUCUCAUGGGUUUCUUCUAUCGGACUAUACGGAUAGUCGAAAACGGCAUCAAGCCAGCGUACAUAUUCGACGGGAAACCCCCUGAGCUCAAGUCUGGAGUACUUGCCAAACGCUUUGAAAAGCGAGAAGAGGCGAAGGAAGAGGGCGAGGAGGCGAAAGAAACGGGGACAGCUGAAGACAUGGAUCGGUUCUCUCGACGGACUGUGAAGGUCACAAGAGAGCACAACGAAGAAUGCCGCAAGUUGCUCCGCUUGAUGGGUAUUCCCGUUGUUGUGGCACCAUCUGAAGCAGAAGCGCAAUGUGCCGAGCUCGCACGAGGCGGCAAGGUGUAUGCCGCCGGCUCCGAGGAUAUGGAUACCCUGACAUUCAACGCUCCAAUACUACUUCGGCAUUUGACGUUCUCAGAAGCCAAGAAAACACCUAUAUCCGAAAUCAACCUUGCGAAGGCGCUGGAGGGUCUUCAGAUGGACAUGAGUCAGUUCAUAGACCUUUGUAUCCUGCUGGGGUGCGACUACCUCGAGCCGAUCAAAGGCGUAGGUCCCAAGACCGCGUUGAAACUCAUACGGGAGCAUGGCGGGCUUGCAGGGGUGAUGGAACAUCUGCGCGAGAAGGGCAAGGGUAAAGGCGGCGUUCAGAUUCCGGAAUAUUGGCCGUGGGAGGAGGCGAAGAAGUUAUUCGAAAAGCCCGAUGUUGAACCUGCUGACGAGGUCCAACUAGAGUGGAAGAACCCGGAUGUGGAGGGUCUCGUACAAUUCCUUGUCGUUGAAAAGGGAUUCAACGAAGAGCGCGUCCGUAAAGGCGCAGAGAAACUUACCAAAUUCCUGAACGCCAAGCAACAAGGUCGUCUCGAUGGCUUCUUCACCGUCCAACCGAAGAAGUCGCCACAGAAAGCGCCUCCGAAAGGCAAAUCCAAGGAAGCCGGAACAAAACGCAAGGUGCGUCUUGGCAACGUCAUGUUCCGUUGA